AGCAGACAGCAGUGUGUUUUCUAGAAAGUAUAGAUAGACUGAGAUAUGUGCUCAAGUGUUUUUGAAUUAUUAACUUUUCUUAUUCUUGAUUCCUUCUUGUUUGUUUCAUGCAUUUCCUAUCCUGGCUAACCUUUUGAAAUAUUAAUUUUCAUUAAACCUCUUGAAAAUAUGAAAGAAUGGGAAAAAUGUAGUUUUGUUCAGAAUUUUCAGUCCCUGAUGCUGCAAUAUCUUAACUUGUUGAUACUAGUAAAAAAAUUUUUUUUUCCAAGAAGUAAAAUCUAAUCUUAUUUUAUGUCAUGGUUCUGUUUCCUAAUAUUUUCUAUAAUCACUCAUCUUCCUCCUUUUUUUUUUUUUUUUUUUUUUUUUGCUUUUAACAAACUUUCAAAAUGUUAAUGACUCGAUGUUCUAAAUUCUGUAGAUGUUCUGAGAGUUCUUUUUCUAUUUUCAUAGAAGGUGGUAAGAAUUAAGAGCUGCUGACAUUUCAACAUGAAAGGCAACUUCACCCCUGCCACCAUCAACAAAAACGUCACCAGCAGUCUGGACUUCGGACUUGGGAACAUCUCUGGCAAUGACUCUACCUUUAACUGCUCACAUAAGCCAUCAGAUAAGCAUUUAGAUGCAAUUCCUGUUCUCUACUACAUUAUUUUUGUGAUUGGAUUUCUUGUCAAUACUAUUGUGGUUACACUGUUCUGUUGUCAAAAGGGCCCUAAAAAGGUUUCCAGUAUUUACAUCUUUAACCUGGCUGUGGCUGACCUACUGCUUUUGGCCACUCUUCCUCUCUGGGCAUCCUAUUAUUCUUACAGAUAUGACUGGCUCUUUGGACCUGUGAUGUGCAAAGUGUUUGGUUCUUUUCUGACCCUGAACAUGUUUGCAAGCAUUUUUUUUAUCACCUGCAUGAGUGUUGAUAGGUACCAAUCUGUCAUCUAUCCCUUUCUGUCUCAAAGAAGAAAUCCCUGGCAAGCAUCUUAUAUAGUUCCCCUUGUUUGGUGUAUGGCCUGUCUGUCCUCAUUGCCAACAUUUUAUUUUCGCGAUGUCAGAACCAUUGAGUAUUUAGGAGUGAAUGCUUGUGUUAUGGCUUUCCCAACUGAGAAAUAUGCCCAAUGGUCUGCUGGGAUUGCCUUAAUGAAAAAUAUCCUUGGUUUUAUUAUCCCUUUAAUAUUCAUAGCAACAUGCUAUUUUGGAAUCAGAAAACACUUACUGAAGACCAAUAGCUAUGGGAAGAACAGAAUAACGCGUGACCAAGUCCUGAAAAUGGCAGCUGCUGUUGUCCUGGCGUUCAUUAUUUGCUGGCUUCCCUUCCAUGUUCUGACCUUCCUGGAUGCUCUGGCCUGGAUGGGCGUCAUUAGUAGCUGUGAAGUUAUAGCUGUCAUUGACCUGGCACUUCCUUUUGCCAUCCUCCUGGGAUUCACCAACAGCUGCGUUAAUCCCUUUUUGUAUUGUUUUGUUGGAAACCGGUUCCAACAGAAGCUCCGCAGUGUGUUUAGGGUUCCAAUUACUUGGCUCCAAGGCAAGAGAGAAAGUGUGUCAUGCCGAAAGAGCAGUUCCCUUAGAGAAAUGGAGACCUUUGUGUCUUAAAUAUGAGAAUGGAUUACAGGUCAUGGUUAUUUGGUUUGAGGUCCCCUUGAAUUAUCUUUUAAUGGCUUUGGUAAAAUUAGUUUUGCCCCUUAAUGUAAUCUUCUCUCAUUGUUCUAGAAUAUGAAACUAUAUGUUUUAUCCUCCAGUGAUGGUCAGAAAUUGACCCCUUCCCCCUUUUAUCUGGUCUAUCAAUUCAAGACUGCCAUUGGGCAGAUAUCCAUAACCCAGAAGUAACUGGGAAUUUGUUUCCAAUUAUAAUUAAUAACAAGUUGUGAGUGAGUAUUUGGGGGUUCAUAUUUCUCUUUGAAAAAUGCUGAAGUUUAAAAAAUACAUAUAUAUUUUUAUUGAUUUCAGAAAGGAAGGAAGAGGGAGAGAUAGAUAGAAGCAUCAAUGAUGAGAGAGAAUAAUUGAUCAGCUGCCUCUUGCCCUCCCCCUACUAGAGAUCAGGCUCAAAACUU